AGUCCCCUCCUCCCCCCCCUCUCUCUCUCUUUCCCCCUCCUCUGUGGCUCCUUCUCUCUGCACUCACUUGGGUUUGCUGCGAAUCCCACCAUUCACAUGCUCGUCCCCCGCUUUUCCACAUUCGAAAUCAAGAAAAAGAAGACAUAGAAGAAGAAGAAGAAGGAGAAGAAGAAAAGAAAACCCAUUUACCAUUAUCUGAAAAUUUGUAAUGGUCUUGAUUGGAGGAAAUGGGUCUCCUCCAGUGAGCUAGCUCUCUCUUCAUGAAGAUUUGGGGUGCAUGCUAGUCGGUUUUUAGACAUUCAAAAUGGAAAAGAGGAAGUGGUUCGGGAAGAAGAAAUCGUCCGACAAGAGCCCGAGCGGCAGUGAGAGCUCGGCAGAGUCAAUGUCCUCACCUUCCGAGAAAGAAUCAGAUGCCCAGCAGGAGGAGUUUAAAGCAUCUCCAAGUCAAAGCACUCAAUCCCCCGAAGUCACAUCGAAACCCAUGGUCCAUGUGGAUGAUGCUAGUGAAGUAGUGAAGAGUCUGACGGCCAAAUUGUUGGCUGCUCUGGUGAAUGUUAGUGCUAAGGAAGAGUUGGUAAAGCAGCAUGCCAGAGUAGCUGAAGAAGCUGUGGCUGGUUGGGAAAAGGCUGAAAAUGAACUGGCUGGUGUCAAGGAACAACUUGAAUCAGCAAUGAAGCGAAAUUCAUCGUUGGAAGAUCGGCUGAAUCAUCUUGAUGGGGCCCUCAAAGAAUGUGUUCGGCAGCUUCGAUUAGCAAGAGAGGAGCAGGAGGAGCAGAUACAAGAAGCUGUAGCCAAGAAAUCUCAGGAAUGGGAAUCCACCAAACUUGAGCUUGAGAAUCAAAUAGUUGAGCUGCAAACCAAAUUACAAGACGCUCCUGCUCCCAAAACUCCAGCCCAUCUCGAUCUCCUUGAGAAGCUCGAGUUCCUGGAGAAGGAGAACACAGCCCUGAAGUUGGAGCUUCAGCACCAAUCAGAAGAAUUAGAAAUAAGGACUAUCGAAAGGGACCUGAGCACUCAGGCAGCAGAAAUGGCUAGUAAACAAAACCUGGAGAGCAUAAAGAAGGUGGCGAAGCUUGAGGCUGAGUGCAGGAAACUAAGAAAAUGCUCCUCGAUGAAUAAUGACAACAGAUCGGCAGCUGCUGCUUCCUCGAUAUACGUCGAGUCACUUACUGAUAGUCAAUCAGAUAGUGGGGAGCGGCUUAAUGCCUUGGAUAUGGAUACAUGCAAGUCCAGCGGGUCCGAGCAGUGGGCCUCAGCCCUGAUUGCAGAGCUCGAUCAGUUCAAGAACGACAAGGGUGCAAGUAGCAUUGGUAGGAAUCUUGCGAGUUCAUCAGUUCAGAUCGAUCUGAUGGAUGAUUUCCUCGAGAUGGAGAGGCUUGCAGCUUUGCCUGAGACCAGGAAGAUCGAGGAAUCAGGAAGUGUUUUGAAAGAGAGAAGUGAGGUGGAGAGCUCUCUUAGGGCUGAGCUUCACAAAAUGGUUAAUCGAACUGUUGAAUUAGAGCAGAAGUUAGAGAAGCUCGAGGAAGAGAAGGCAGAACUUAAGAUGGCCCUUAUGAAGAGUCAGGAGUCCGGUGAAGCAGCUCAGGCGCAGUUGAUAGGGGCCCUAAUGAAGCUGGAGAAUUUACAGAGGGAGCUGGACAUGGUGAAUGAUACAAAGCAUUCAAUUGAGUCUCAACUCAAAAAGAUGGAAGCUGAAGCUGCGAGCAUGACCUCUAAGGUUGAGUCACUGGAGACAGAAGUUAAGAAGGAGAAGGCAUUAUCCGUAGAAAUGGGAGCUAAGUGCCGGAAAUUGGAGGAAGAGCUUGUGAAGAAGCAGCAGGAACUAGAAGCUCAGCAGACCUUGGGUGAAGUAAAUAACCAACCGAAGAUAAAACAGGAGGACUUGGCUGUUGCUGCUGGAAGGCUCGCAGAGUGUCAGCAGACAAUAGUGUCUCUUAGGAAGCAACUUGAGUCAUUAGCAACCCUUGAAGACUUCCUCAUAGACACCAGGAGCAUACCUGACUUCUCACCUGGAGGACAGAUUGUUCCACAAGCAAAUGGUGAGCUCUGGAAAUUGCAUUCCAAUGGGACAUAUUCACCAAAAAGAGAGGCUGAUACCGUAAAGAUGGGAAAUGAAAAUUUGGGUCACUCGCUGAUGAAGAAUGAGAAUGGGAAGACACCUCCAUCUUCAUCAUCCUCGGCUUCUUCCUCAGCUGCAUCAUCAACCCAAGUCAGCUCUGAAAAGAACCGGAACGGUUUUGCGAAGUUCUUCUCACGGACUAAGAAUGGGAUACAAUUAGAAAUCUAGGGAAUUGUGAUGUCUGAGCAAUCUGGAGGUAGCAAUUUUAGUUAGCGUCAUUCUCGGAGUUGCUGGUUAAAUGCUGUUUGAUCGGCUUGUCUUUGAAUUUUCCUUUUCUUUCAUGUUUAUACAUGUCUGGGCCCGUGAAGAUUGUGAAGUAAAUGAUGAAUGAGGUUUGAGUUUGAAAAGGCAGCUUUCUGUUUGGAAUAUCUGUUUUGAUAACCAUUGGGUAGCUUAGAUUGAAUGUCAAAGGUUUCUGUUUCACUGGUGUUGGUUGGGUCUAUUUGUCGGGUUCAAUGUUCUUUCCGUUCUCUUUUAUGUCGUAGGAAAUGUCAUGCAACUUUUUAUGAAUGCGCAAUUGAUGCUUUAAGAUUA